AUGAGCAAUUGUCAGCUUCACCAAACAUCCAGCGACACCAGCCAACCACGUUGUCUGCUUGUGGUCACCCCUGUAUUCUUACAAAAUCUCAUGGCUACGCGUAUCAAUGCCCCUAAAAAGGUCCGCCUGGCCUGUCGACGCUGUCGGGUCCGUCGCAUUAAGUGCGAUGGUCAAGUACCCGCUUGCAGCAACUGCGCAAAGGCUGGGCAGGUCUGCUUGGAUGUGGACAGUCAGAACUCAGACGUUGUUAUUCCCCGCAAUUUCGUGUCUGCUGCCCGUGAAAGGAUACGAUGGUUGGAAGAUAUCAUUAGAGAGCGUCUACCGGACAUAGACCUACGUUCUGGUCCUCAGGUCGAUCCUUCGUCUGAUCCAACGGCCCCCUCGCAGGAUGAGAGAAUCCCCGAAGAUGCCGAUAUCACAAUAUCCUCAAUUCCACCAGUGCCAACAGUUUCUCGCAAACGGUCAGCAGAGGCAUCAGGACAGUCCGAUCAAGAUGAAUCUUUUCCAGAAAGCGCUCAUUCUGUUGCCGUCAACCUUGGCAUGCUUUCUCUCAAUAUCGAUUCACCCCAAAAGCACUACCUUGGCUCAAGCUCAGGACUUCUCUUCACAAACCUCAUUGGGGCGUCCCCGCCAAGUGUGGAAUCCACGUCCCAGUGCCCUCAAGGGGACAAGUAUGCUGGAGAGCUUGAACGGAGUGAUGACGCUGUUGCUCAAGAUCAAAACAGGAAGUACCAUCAAGAACUGUACAAUCUUCUGAAACAAGAGCUACCGUCAAAGCAUAAUGCCCUUGUUCUAAUACACACAUACAUCCGUUGGAUCCACCCCGACUUCCCCUUCCUAGAGCCGCUCUCUCUAUUCAGUCCCGUCGAAGCCAUAUAUUCCUCCCUUGAGGGCAUUUUGGAAUGCGAUGUCUCCUCCCAUGGUUGGCCCUCUAAUAUGCCGCCGUUUCGAUGGAAUGGAAGAGUGGUAAUCCCAGGAAUUUCCAAUGAAGAAGGCGUUACCUUGUCAGCAGUCGCCUUUAUACUCUUCAUGGUCUUCAACAUUGGCGCUCUGGUCAAGGUGCGAUCACGAAACUACGACUUUCCGCCGCAACGAUUUUACCGUGCUGCCCUCCAAUUCUCAAAAGAAGCCUUCGCUCAUAUUACUUUGUCCUCUAUCCAAUCUUUGAUGAUGCUAGUUAUGCAUGGCAUGCUUACGCCAGCAGAGGUAAACUUGUGGACAUUAGUGCAUCUUGGGUUGGCCUACUGUGUCGAGACAGGUAUACAUCGGGAACAAAGCCAGUCGAAUUCAGACGGCUUUGCUAUGCUACAAGUCAGACGCUUCACCUUCUUUACCAUCUACUCUUUGGAUAGAUCCAUUUCAUCAAUACAGGGAAGACCCCUUGGCUUUAGGGACGAAACAUUCGACGUCAAGAUACCAGAAGUGUCGUCUAACCCCGAUGAGAACAUGCAGGGACCACUGCCACCAUCAUUCGUUACUGCAGUAACGUAUUACUCGUCAUAUCAUUUCAGAUUGGACCGUAUUGUGUCCGACAUAAAGCUUCACCUGUAUCACCUACCCGGUGAUUCUAGCUUCUUCCCAUGGCCGGACAAUCCCACGGAACAGCAGGCCAGGAUUCGGCAGACUUUGCAAAGUUGGUGGCAGGAAGUCUCUAACGACGCCUUCGAGUAUCCCAGUCUUGAUAACCGGCAACGGGAAGUCUGGAAGAUAAAGCUCAGACUGAAGUACCAUACAACGAUGGUCCUACUCUUCCAACCAUCCCAAGUUAUCCGGCAGCCCGCUUCAGAGGCGCUCCGAGUCUGUUUUGAUAGUGCGGCUGGCAUCCUCGAUGGCUACCAGCGGCUGCACGAUCUCCAUGGCCUUCACUUUGGAUGGAGAGCAGUGCAGAAUAUUUUCGCGGCGGGUGCGACCUUGAUCUAUUCAUUCUGGACGUCACAGGCUGUUCGGGAAAAGGCGUCACCAGAGACAAUGUCAAAGAAUUUGCGAAGCUGCUCUACCCUCCUCACAAUUGGUGGCGAAUGGUGGCCGUCUGUAAGGAAUGGUCAAGCCAGCUUUGGGUCGGUCGCAGAUUUGACCAUGAAGAGGCUGUACAUGGCGGAUGCGUCCAACAAAGCUCCUCGACUGACUUUACAACAAACUGCGUCUGCCAGACCAAGAGACGUAACCGACAUUGGUGCAACUGGAACUCAGCAUGAGCCUGAAUUCUCAACCGAUACUGGUCAGUCAGCAGCGAUUGACACAAAUGCAGCGUGGCAAAAUCUAGACUUGGAUGUCGGAAGUAAUCCCGACCAAUUUGACUGGCCAGCAAUUGAGGGCGGAUUUGAUCCGGAGAUCGAGAUGUUUCUGGAGGACUUCAACAGAUCCGAUUUUACCUGGAGCUUUCCACUGAAUGGCAAUCAAGAUCUGGACCUCUUCGGACCCGAUCUUAACCCCGGCUUCUGA